AUGACUUCUACUCUUCUUCCUGAACUCUCAGAGGGACUGAGAGGUGCUGAGAAGGUACUAGAUUUUGCUAUUAGAUAUUGGAAAAGAAGACACGAGAAGAGGGGAAGAGGGGAGAGGGACAACAACCCUAAGGCACAAAAGUUUCAAGGAAGAGGUGGCUUGAGAGAUAGGGAUCAUUCUGGUUUCAAUGUCCAUGAAUUUGACAAGUUCUUCAGUUUGAGGAGUCGGUUAAGAGGUCUUACACAAGAGAGGAAAAUCGAGAUUAAUACAUAUACGAGAUUUCGGGAGCUUCAAUUAAUCGCACCACCAAGAUUAGUCGUAGUGGAUGUUAAGAUAGAUCAAACCUUUAGAUCUAAUUUUUCCGGCCAUCUCCACCGCCGACCGCCGCUGCCGGCAAGUCGCCGGAAAUCUACNCCACCGUCUAUGAUCGUCGCACCCCAUCUUCCCAGCACCUGUCCGCGCCGAUCGCCCAUGUCCCAGUCCGCGCAGGAGAAGGAAUCCCGCGUCUGCACGCACAUGAGAUCUAGUCCGCGUAGACCUAGGACAUCCGCACUACACGUGCCCGAGCCUCCCGCAUCCGUCCGUGUCUGCCCGCACGACCGCGCGCCAUCUCCGACCAUCUUCUUCGUCGAGUGCCAUCGCGUGAGCCUGCGAUCUCAGAAUCCCGUCCGCCGCUGCUCCCUUCUCCGCGUCGCGCAGCACCAUUCCCGGCGAACUUCCCCCCCCUCCGGCGACCCCAGCAACGAGCACGUUGCUCCUCACACGUUCACCGGCAGCCACUGCCUUCUUCCCCGCGGCCGGCGUUUUACUGGCGACAACCUCGACGAGCAGACAGACGAAGGUCGAGGCCAGCGGCGAGAGAGAUGUCCGUGCGAUUAUUCGACGACGUCGAGCCCCGCCGAUUCCUCCCGUUCGCAACAGUCCACUCGAAGUCCUAUCAAUUCUCCUCAGUCGCUCGUCCCAUCAAGCAAUGUUAAUAUUGAUGUCCCUGGAGUGAAACAAUGCUUGAUUGAAAGGAUGAAAUGUAGUAGCCGUCAGAAAAGGUACAAGUUGCAUAUGCAUUAUAAGAAGUUUGCUUCCACUCAAGACGCUAAGGCAAACAAACCAGCCUUUUGUCCGAGUCAGGAAACUUGGGAACAGUUGUGUGACCAUUUUGCGAAUGCACAUUAUAAG